AUGUCCAGUUCUAGCAAGGCUUUUGAGAGAGAAAAUCAUGUGCAAACUUACUCAUUUCAAGGAGACGAGAGCAUUUGUGAGUCUGACCUGCUCUUUCACGAAGAGCUACCGACUCAUUUUCCCGCUCUUGAUGAUCUGUAUCUUGAUAAAGCUUUUCUGUCAUUUCAAGCUUGUUCCAGCAACGAGCCUCGAGAUUGGCAGCCAAGCCAAGAGGAGAAAAGGCCAUAUGCAUUUCCCUCUGCAGCCAUGGAGAUCCUGAGACGCUGCAGAAGCAGAGCUGGUGCAGAAGAUGGAGGAUCACAGAGAGACAGGGCGAAGGGCAAAAGCCAACGGGCACCCCCUCCAACGUUGUCGGUCAUUCAGCUGAUUGAGCUGGCAAUGAGAAGUUUCACCCAUUCCGAUUCCAAAACAGGAAAGGAUUUCCAUCACUCUGCUGUCAUUUAUCCGAAUAGAGCCACCUUCUCCAGAAGCAAGUCUGAGGAUAUUCGGCUCGUGCAGGACCUCCUGUCGUGUGCUCAGGCAGUGUCCAAUCAUAACAACGAUUGUGCUAGUGAGUUUCUAAAAGAGUUCAGCAAGCUGAGCUCCGGCUCGACCAAUGUGAUGCAGCGUCUGGUCUACUAUUUCGCUGAAUCUCUACGUGACAGGAUAUUACAAGUGAAUACAAGGCCAUUAGAAUUAAUACCUCCGAUCUCGGACACAGCUGCCUUGAUCGAAAAAUUACCUUUCAACCAGGUUAUGCAGUUCGCCGGUGUUCAGACAAUGUUAGAUCACAUAUCAUCAUGUGCCAGGGUGCACGUUGUCGAUCUUGGCCUCUAUGGCGGCCUCAGACAUGCUGUUUUAAUGCAAGCUCUAGCUACUAGGUCUGGAUGUCCCAUCCAACAUCUCAAGAUUACUGCUGUAGCAGCUCAGACGCAUGUUCAGGUCGAGGAGGAGGUAGUGGGAGUUCGCCUCCAAAACUUGGCCAAGUCCUUGAAUAUGAGCUUUUCUUUCCAUGUCAUAACAUCCGAGGACAUCCUGGAUCUUAAUCAGAGCAUUCUUCGCCCAGAUCCUGAAGAAACAGUCAUCGUCCAAGCAGCGCACAUCUUGAGGUUUAUGAUUCCAAAGCUUGAAAUCUUGAUGUUAGCCGUACGAAGCCUCAACCCACAUGUGAUGAUCAUCAUUGAAGUCGAAGCCAAUGUUGAUUCUAAGGUUUUUGUCAACCGCUUCGCUGAGGCUCUCCUUUUCUUUGGGGCUGGUUUUGACUACUUGGAGCACUGUCUUAAGGAUGAUCUUGCAGCGAGAAACUACGCCGAAUCCGUGCUCUUUAGCCCUUCGAUAAGACAUGUCGUUGCGGCCGAGGAAGAGGAGAGGAAGUUCAGAAUGGUAGGCAUCAAUUUCUGGAGGGGGGUUUUUGUUAGGUUUGGCAUGACGGAGACGGAGCUGAGCAAACUAGCGCUCAAUCAUGCUAAUUCCGUUCUCAACAUGUUCGACUGCCGUGGUUGUUGCAGACUUGGCCUAGAUGGAAACAGCCUCAUUGUUGGAUGGAAGGGUACACCAAUAUUUUCACUAUCUGCAUGGAAGUUUCAGAAGAUAGGAUCAAUGUGA